GGAAGUGGAUAUUUCGGCCCAUAUAGCGGUCAAGGAGGCGGACAUUUCAGCCAAGGAUUGGGAUCGUAUCUCGGCAUGGGAGGCGGAUAUCUGAGCGGAGGAUUGGGAUCAUAUCUCGGCCAAGGAGGAGGAUAUUUCAGCGGAGGACAAAGAUCACAUUUCGGCCGAAGAAGAGCAGGCGGCUUCAGCAAUGGCUACAACAAGUUCGGUCUCUUCUUCUCGUUCCUGGACCCCUAUCUGGCGGGCAAGCAGUUCACCUGGCAGGCGGCGAACUUCCAGUGCGCCAUCCGAGGACUGCGGUUGGUCUCGCUGGACGACCCGUACAAAAACAAAUACGUGUCACGCAAGAUCGCAAGAUACAAUGUGCGGUACAUCUGGACAUCGGGCAUGAGGAAUGGCUACAAGUUCUUCUGGGCCAACGGCCGACCGGUCAAGUACGGCUUCACCAACUGGUCGUUCACGGGCCGCCUCGGCCUGCCGCAGCCGGACAACUACCAGGGCAACGAGUAUUGCUUGGCCGUGCUCAACCACUACUACGGCGACGGCAUCGUCUGGCACGACGUCGCGUGCCACCACAAGAAGUCCUUCGUCUGUGAGCCUGUGAACUACUACUAGAGCUGCACGUGGAGAUGCCUAACAAGCCCGGCGUUGCAGCAAUCGCUGGCAGCGAGGUGCUAUCCGCCGGAUCCCAAUAAUUACAGAUAUGCUGGUGUUGUGAGUCACGGUCCCCUAACUAGAUGACUACCCGCCAUUUCAUGCCUGAAAAGGAGCUGCCUGACAGGCGCAAUGAGACCUAGAGAUCUUACCUAGACGACAUCCCGGCGCUGUUGAGUCUCGCGAUUUUCAUGGAAUCUUUAGAACGCUGUGUUUUGUGAAUAGAUAUAUACUUAAAAUUUUGGAGGAAAUGGCCAUGCACUGAGCGCACGGUGAAUAGGUUGAACCAUGCGAAGUGUAGCAAAAUCUUACACCGAAUAGUAUUGAUCAAUGAAAUAAUAAAACGAUGGCGUUUUCAA